UAUUAUUUCCUAUCUUUGGUUAUCUUCAACCUACAACCAUUCCCUCCCUAACUUCUCUCUACAACUCCAUUUUCUUCCCCAUUAACACAUCUUCAUUUCCUUCUUUGCAUGAAAUAGGAUUUCUUAGCCUUUUCACUAUCUAACUUUAUACUCUUCUAAGAUUAAAGCUUAGGCUUGCUUCUUAUAUAUAUGGAGGUUGACAUGGAGGAUUUCAGUUACAUGAAUGAAACUAGUAAAGAAUGGGAAGCUUAAGUGUGCUUAUGGUCUUGGUGUUCAUUUCAAGUUCUAAAGGUUUCUUAACUGAAGAUUGAGAGACUUAAUCUGGUUUGCUCAAGUGUAUUGCAUUAAAGCUAAACUAUACUUGUCACCUUAACUUGCUUGAUAUUUCAUCUCCAUUUCUAAGGUUUUGAUAAAUGGUGAAAAGCAAUGCUAUAAUCCUUCUUCGUGUGAUGCUGCUACUGGUUUAAAGCAUUUUUGUAGUUCAUGAAUAUUUUAGACUCUGCAGUACCAUACACAAGGUGUAUUGUAACUAUGUAUUAAAUAAUAUUAAUAUUGAUUAAUAAAACGGUAAAUAUUGAUCUAAUUGGGUUUUGAAUUGCCCCAUGAACCUUAAAGGUUUGGUUGAGGAGUGUUGAGAGGUGCGAGAAUCCAGUUCAAUAUCUAUAUUUAGGCUUGCACCGGUAUAAACAUGCAUCUCUUGUGUUUUAGUGCCGGUCCGGCCCCGAGAUGGAUCAUGACACUUGAAUUCAAGUUUCCCUCUAAAUCACAGCAUCCCUAUUUCUCGACGAUCAAAUCUCGAGCAAAACCUCUCCAAGCUUGCAGCCUUUCAAGAAAUGAGGACUCUGGAAAAGAUCUUGACUGGGUUUAUACUAAAAGGAGAAUCUUUAUCAGUAUAUCUACACUACCGUUUCUAUUUCAUUUGCAUGAAUGCUUUGAAGGUUUUGGUGCCAAGGCAGCUGAGUCAGAUACUACUAUAUAUAAUCUCAUGAAGGGAGAAGUAAGGAAGGUAGUGUCCAAAGGCAAGGCUGCUGGUGUACUUCGUCUUGUUUUUCAUGAUGCAGGAACCUUUGAAAUGAAUGGGACUUCAGGGGGGAUGAAUGGUUCUAUAGUUUUUGAACUUGAUAGGCCUGAAAAUGCAGGUUUAAAGAAAUCUUUGAAGGUUGUUGAGAAAGCAAAGAAGGAAGUGGAUGCAAUACAACCAGUAUCCUGGGCGGACAUGAUUGCUGUGGCUGGAGCUGAAGCUGUUUCGGUUUGUGGAGGUCCAACAAUCCCAGUUUUACUGGGGAGGCUGGAUUCAGGGGAGCCUGAUGCGGAAGGAAAACUUCCUGAGGAGUCUCUGGGUGCUUCUAGUUUGAAGCAAUGCUUUCAAAGAAAAGGCUUAUCAACACAAGAACUGGUUGCAUUAUCUGGAGCUCAUACUCUGGGGAGUAAAGGCUUUGGAAACCCAACUGUUUUCGACAAUUCUUACUAUAAAAUUCUUCUGGAAAAGCCAUGGAUGUCUUCAGCAGCUGGAAUGUCAAGCAUGAUUGGACUUCCUUCAGAUCGUGCACUUGUCGAGGAUGAUGAAUGCUUAAGAUGGAUCAAAAAGUAUGCUGAUGAUCAGAAUACAUUCUUUAAAGAUUUCAAGAGUGCAUACAUCAAACUUGUGAAUUCAGGUGCAAGAUGGAAAAGCAUGUGAUAUAUUUUUCAAGGAUUUCCUGUAAUGUUUAUCAAGUUUAUAUUGUAUUCUAGCAAAAAUCAAUAAUAAACAAACAAUAACUAGAUGGGAAUUGUAAACUGAACUUCACACUUUACCUAUAAAUAUAGAAUAAUAGAAAUAUUCUGUUACAAUAUUA